AUGUCGACGCCGGCGAGGCUGGGGCACGAGGCUGAGUCGGAGGAGAGGGGCACGGGCACGGGCACGACGCCGGUGCGAGUAGGUCGCAGGGCUGAGUCGGAGAGGGGCAAGAGCACGACGCCGGUGAAGGUAGGCGGCGGCGCUGAGGAGGAGGAGAGGGGCACUGGCACGACGCCGGCGAAGGUGAAGGCCGACGCGGGUGGCGACGGCUCCCUCAUCAACAUCACGGUUCACAGCCAGACCGCCGCCGAUGCGUUCUUCCGCGUCAGGCGCGACGUGAAGCUGGAGCGGCUGAUCAACAUGUACUGCGGCAAGCACUCGCUCAACCCCAAGGCCGUCGUGUUCAUGGAUCCCUACGGCCGUUACAUCCCUGCUGACCAGACGCCGGCAGAGGCCGGGCUCGAGGACGGCGACACCAUCGGCAUACACCUCCACUAG